UUCAAUAAGAGAAGGGAAAAUAAAGAUGGCGGCAAGUCCUGGAGGUGACGAAGAUUCGGUGUUCGAUGUAGGAAGGCUAUCUUUAUUUGAUCUCAUUCUAGAGCGAACACGAGCUCAAAAUAAGAAACAACUUGUACAUCGACUGGUUUACGUGUCAAAAAUCCGCCCGGAUGUUAGUGACAGGAAAGAAAUUGGAGCUCACUAUGAAAGACUUUUUAAGGAACUUCAGAUACAAGUUCAUGGAGAAGCAGUGACAGGACUGCUUUUGAUAUAUCCUACUCAUGUCAUUCAUGUAGUUGAGACCUCCUAUAACAUGCUCUUGAAAGUUAUCAAAGACUUAGAGGAGGAUGAACAAUGCUACAGUGGUAUGCUGUUGAAUACAAAGUUACUUGUGUGUACUGGUGAUCUCAACAAUCGCCUCUUUGGACAAUGGAGUUUUAGAACUCUCAAUCUUGCUGUGUCAAGGAUGCAGGAAUUCACAACUAAUGAAGCCAUUGAUGUUGUGGUCACAGAAGCCUUAACACUUAUCAUUAAGCUAGCAGAAUAUUUGGCUAAACUACCAAAGAUCAGCUUAACAAAUACCAUGGACCAGUUACCUGAAAAAGUACCAGAUCUGUUAGUAAGACAAGAUCUGAUUGAGUACAUUUUGAGCUCACAAGACCUCAACGCACCUUCACAAUACCUUAAAAGAUAUACAACACCAAUUGACAUCACAUUGGACAGUGAAUUGGCUUGGCCCAUGCAGACAAGACUGUUCCCCUUAAGUUAGAAGUACUCCGAAAGGAUUAUUAUAAUCUUUUUUUAUUUAUUUAUUUUUUUGUUCAACGCACUAUUGUAAAUUUUAAAAUGUAAAUAAAUCUUUAUACUUAAAAAGGCGAAAAGGAGUUUAUAGUGUUGUACUGUGACUCUCACUUAGCGUCCGCUAAUUACAAGGUUACCGUUAAGUGAAGGUUUUAGUAAACUGCAGCACAAUAGUCGAGUUUUGAUUGCUGGAGAACAAUAAACGAAAGAAGAAUUGGU